CCAGCUUCUUCGCAGCGACUGUCGCCAGACACUUGCGCGCCGACUUCUCCUGGUACAGGAUCACAUCGCCACACGACACGAUUCGAAAUAACUGAUUCCUGUACAACACACCUCCCAAGGCAUCGGGAUGGAGGCGCACUGACGCGCAGCCGAAGAACGAGCACGAGAAAGCGUACCCAUUGGAACUCCAUCCAAAUUGAUUAUUCAGUAUUCACCGACUUGCUGAGAAAUGGAGUCUACCACCGCGAUUGGGCUGAGUCGGGAAGCGCGCAGCAUACAUGCGGGGCUCAAAGUACUGUUGGGGCGGGACGUCUGGGCGCCGGCGAAUUUCAGGGAGGCGGAGUUUCAGCGGAAGAAUCUGCGGCGCCGAUACGUCCACCUACUCCUUCUGCACGGGCAGGAGGAUGAGACUCGCGAAGCAGUCGCGCAUCUGUGGAUGCAGACGUCGUAUGCGUUCAUCGGGCUAUACAAGGCGCGCCUUGCGCGGUACGCCGCGAACGCGAGCAGCAACGGCAAAAACACGAAUGCAAACACGAAUAACGCGAAUGCGAACAAUGCGAACACUGCUAACAACGGCAGCAAGAACACAGCGCCGACGGGGCACAUUGUGGAGACACGCAAGCUUCAGCAGCGGCUGCGGCAGUUUCUCGCUGAAGAGGAGCGGUUUUAUCGGGCGCUGGUGCAGCGGGUGCAGCGUGCGUACGGAGUCCCAGGCGAGCUGUUGCCCGGCGGAGAGGAUGAAGCGCCGGAAGGGGACAGGAUGAAUCAUUUUGGAUUCCCAGGGGGCGGAGUUGGUGGAGAGGGCGAUGAGGAAGAGAAGAGCGACGGAGAGAUAUCCAGCCCCUUUGUGGCUGUGGGGCAGCGGACGUUGAGCAAAUUGUUGAUUUGCCUUGGAGAUAUUGCGCGGUAUCGCGAACAGUACCGGCCUGUGACUGUUGCUGCUGCAGGGAAAGGCCGAGGGCAUGGUCGCCGGGCGAUGGAGCAGAGGAUGAACUUUUCGCGCGCAAGAGCGCUGUACUUUGCGGCGCACGGACUGAAUCCGGGAGAUGGGAAUGCAGCGAAUCAGUUGGCUAUUUUGGCUGGUUACGAAUCAGAUACGCUGGCUGCUGUCGGCUGGUAUCUGCGUGCAUUGUGUGUGGCCACCCCCUUCGAGACAGCAGCAGAGAAUCUGGCGGGUGUGCUGGCCAAAGCAUUGCCAAACGCAAUUUCUGCGGCGAAUAGCAUCGGAGGCGAUGGCGAUGGACCCCCGAAAGUGCGGAUCGACCGGUUCCGGCGCGAGGUGGUGUUUCUACAUGCGCUGUGGAGCAACGACUGUCCACCGGGAACGGAAGCACUCGCGAACCAUUUGACAGCGAGUUUCGGGCGGCUCGUUGCGGCCCGUGCUCUCCCGGAGGAAAUGAUAGUACGUGUCGGGGUGAUGGCGCAGGGUGCGGUGUGGCGGUGUCGCCCCGACGAAGCGACUGCGCAGCUGACACAUGUUUUUGCGCUGCAUACGGCUCUGUUGAACGUCGGGGCGAAGGAACUGGCCGAAGUUGAUCCUCAUGUUGCGUCCGGGUCUCUCGCGGAACGGAUCAGCGCUGAAUUCCGGCGGACUUUGCCUGCGUUGCGGGUGAGCUCGAAGUGGAUACUUGCGAAUUGGAGCUGGGUGCGCGGUUGUGUGAAAGACCUGGAGAUGUUCUGGAGCGCAUAUGCUCUGUUCAUCAGGCUUCUGGGGCGAACGUUUCCGGUGGCGAUGCUGCCUGUUGAAGAGGAGAUGGAGCUGGAGGAGGACAUGGAUAUGCGUGCGUGGUUGCCGCUGGGUGGAUUGAUGGGCGUCUUCAACAGCAACAAAUACAAGACGCCUCCGGAGCAAGUGCAUCCCAAUGUGGAGCAACUCAUGCGCAUCGCAGAUUUGCUCAGAGAUGGGAAAAAGGUCGUGGAAAUGGAGAACUCGCCCCUCGCAGUGUAUGGUCGACAGGUUGUCGUGGGUUUAGACGGCCCUACGUCGGCAACCGCGCACGAGGAAGACCUCGCUUCUGAAACCACGGACGACACCAGCACUGCCCUUUUGGAUGAGGCAUUUUCUUUCUUGCAAGCGGAACCGCAGGACGAGGAUGAGGAGGACGAGAUCGUCUGGGACAUCCGCACCAAGGACGUUCCCGUCGCUGCAAAGCCGAUGGCGCCCAUUGGAACACCUGCGAGAACCGGGGUUCAGUUGCCAAGUGCGGACCCUCCACCGAGAGUACUUCCUGCGGCACAAACACAAAACCACACGCUCUCCCCAUACCGUAUCCCAGCGCAAGCGCCUGUUUCUGUUCCCGGCCCCGCUCUUCCAAUGCCCAGCCCGAUUGCGCCCCCUCAGGACAAAAUUGUGAACCCGACGACUGCCGAAGACCUGCUCAAGGGUUUCUUGCCAGGGGCUCUGGGGCCGGGUCUGUCAGAGCUUCGGCAGCCAGCGGCAUUGGGCUCGGAUCGAGCGCGUCACCAGCGCCAGCAUCGAUCUGGGCGGCUUCGAGGGCCGAGCAAGUCCAGCGCCUAUCCCCAGCAGCAGCUGCAGCACCAAAGAUUCGGCUCGCAGGGCACAAUCUGGGCGGAGCCUCCCCUGGCUCAUCAGAGGACUGUCUCCGGGAAUCAUGCGAUGUAUGGUACCUUGGGCUCAGGUAGUGGCGUGGGCGUUGCUGGUCAGACAUUGUAUGCGACGGGCCCUGGUGCUGCAUUUGCGAUGAGUGCGAAUCCGGGGUUGGCUCACACGCGACUACCGUCGACGUCGACCCUCGGCUUCCAGGGUCAGAUACCGGUCCAUCAGCAGCAGCAGUACCAGGGGUGGGGGAAUCUUGGUGGUUAG